GCUAAAGAAGAAGACCUGCGCAUGUCCAUCACAACAUAGCAAGCACGCACGCUAUUGCAGUUAUUUUAGUUUUUAUUAUUACAAACUUUAAUCUAAAAUGCCACCGAAAGGAAAAGUUGGCAAAAAGGGCGAAAAAGGAGCAGCUUCAGGAAGUGCAGACGCUGAUAAGAAGGAGAAAGCACCAAAGGGAGGCACUGCUGUGAAGGUUCGCCACAUCCUCUGUGAAAAACAUGGGAAAUGCAUGGAGGCAAUGGAGAAACUGAAGGCUGGAGUCCGUUUCAGUGAAGUGGCAUCACAAUUCAGUGAAGACAAAGCGAGACAAGGAGGUGAUCUGGGGUGGAUGACGCGAGGAUCAAUGGUUGGACCUUUCCAGGAGGCGGCAUUUGCCCUACCUGUCAGUUCCAUGGAUAAACCAGUCUACACAGACCCUCCUGUCAAGACAAAGUUUGGGUACCACAUUAUUAUGAUAGAGGGGAAAAAGUGACGUGGGACUGCUCAACUAUUCUACAGUGUUGGGGUUUUAUUAUCCAGAAUGUUUAAGAAUAAGAAAAUGAUAUGAUCCUCAUGUAUAAGCUUUGUCUUAUCAACACUACCUUAUUGUCAAACUUACCUGAAGGAACAUUCUUACAAUCUUAAACUUGACAUUUAAUUCGAUGGAUUUUCAUUUUCAGUUUGAUAAAUGGCCAAAUAAAUACACUCAAAUACGACAUA